AUGAGCCUCUCGGCCGACAACGAGACUGUUGCUGCGACACGCGCGACCCAAGACACAGCAACACCUCGCCGUCACGCCGUCACGGUCGCCGAAGAGCACCAUGGCCACCUCCACGGGCUGCAGCUGUACAACCUGCUGGGGGCGUUGAUGCUGGCCAUGCUCCUAUUAGGUCUCGACAUCAAUAUCGUCGCCACGGCCGUCCCCUCCAUCACCGACCGCUUUCAUAGUCUCGCCAACAUCAACUGGUAUGGCUCGGCCUUCCUGCUCGCCCUGUGCGCGCUGCAGCCCCUGGCCGGCAAGACGUACGUGCUCUUCCCGUCAAAGCCUGCUUACCUGCUUUUCAACGCCAUUUUUGCACUCGGCAAUCUCAUCUGCGCCCUGUCCAUCUCGAGCCACAUGGUCAUCGCCGGACGGGCCCUGGCCGGCGUGGGCGCGUCCGGCCUGACCAACGGCGCCCUCGUCAUUCUAACGGCAGCGACGCCGCCGCGCAUCCGUCCGCUGGCAACGGGCUUUGGCAUCUCCAUGAUCUCCAUUGGCGGCAUCAUCGGCCCCCUGAUCGGAGGGGCCCUGACCCAACACGCCGGCUGGCGCUGGUGUUUCUGGAUAUUCCUCCCGUCUUCGGGCCUGGUGAUUUUCGUCACGUCCCUCUGCCGCGUCGCCGACUCGGCGUCGAAGCCGACUCUCGGGGAGGCGCUGAGAAGGAUGCCCGUGAAGUUGGACCUGGUGGGCUUCCUCUUGUUCGCCCCGGCCUGCACGCUCUUCCUCGUCGCCAUCAGCUGGGGCGGAUCGGCGUACCCGUGGAACUCUGGCCUCGUCAUUGGCUUCUUGUGCGGCGCCGCCGGCUUUCUCGCCCUUUUCUGCGCGUGGUGCAAGUUCCGGGGCGACGAGGCCCUGCUGCCCCCGGGGCUCCAUGGCAAACGCGUCGUGUACAUUGGGUGUUUGAUAUCCGGCCUGCAGGGCGGAACGACCAUCAUGACGGGCUACUUUCUGCCUCUGUGGUUCCAGUCCGUCAAGCAGGCCAGCCCUACCGACAGUGGGUUGAUGAUGCUGCCGUCCACCAUCAGCCAGAUAUGCGGUGCUAUAUUGUGCGGCGCGCUAGUUCGCAAAUUACACUACAUCCCCCCCUGGGCCAUUUUGGGCAGCAUGGUGACGGCCAUCGGGUCCGGCCUCAUGGUCACUUUUGAGAAGGACACCAACGAGGGAAAAUGGAUCGGGUACCAGAUUCUGGCGGGGUUUGGGCGUGGAACGGCGCUCAACAUGCAAUCUAUCCAGCCCGUCAUCGCGGCCCAGGAGGUCCUUGUGGCUGAAGAAUUCGCCAUCGUGUCCGCCAGCAUACCCCUUUCGCAAUACCUGGCCGGCUCCAUUGCCAUCUCCGUCGGCAACGCGAUAUUCCAAAACGGCCUCCCGUCCGCGCUGAGGAAAUACGCCCCUGACGUGGACCCGAAACUUAUCUCGGGCACUGGAGCAACAGAGCUCGACAAGGCUGUGUCGCCGUCGCAGCUGCCGGCGGUCCUCACGGCCUACAACGACGCCCUUGUCAAGGUCUUUGUGAGUAUAUUCCAAGCCCUCGAGCAUCCUUCCGCCCCGGCCUCUCUGCAAUCGCUUGUCGUGCUACCGUUUCGCAUUUAUGCAUCGUUUCUAGUAACGAACUAA